AUGCCUAACGACAACUCCUCUUUCGUUUCGGAUGAUUUGAAGUUCCGCACCAUUACUGCUCUCCUUCAUACUCUGUCUGCCAUCAGGAACACCAAGAAGAACGACAGCAAUCGCUUUACCCGUUGGCGUCGGGACUUUCGACUUCUCCUUGCCUGUGCGGUGCUCCUUUGGAGGGACGGCGAUGAUGUCGCAUGUAUUCCGCGCAGAACCAAUGACGAGGUUGUGGUAUUUGUGGGCCGGACACCCGUUUCCAAGAAUGAAAACGAGGGGAAAGGAACUGUGGAGCUUUUCGACUGUGAGGAGGUGAAGCUGUCCGAGGCGACAAGGGCGGGGGUGGUGGAGUUUCUCAUCGCAAACUGGGGCGAUGUUGACUUUUAUAAACAUGCAAGCCUGGUCGCUGCCCUGCUCACGGAGAGUGAAGACUCGCAUGUCGCUCACAAGGCGCUUGGAGAUUAUGCGCUCAUCACCCAUGUAGCCCAGCUGUCGGACAGGUUCUACCUCGACAGGUACCGCUCCGUCUUCGCCAUGGUCAACAUUGCCUCCUUCGAUUCCCCUCCCGCCAUUGAAAUACUGAGUCGGAUCGACGAACAUGAGCGUUGGAUCUUGAGGGCUCUCCUCGAAGCGAGACGCGAUAAGCAAGGAGAGGAACAGGAAGUUGAGGAGUACCCGGUGAUGGUGCGGUUGCUCCAGACUCACCAGCUCGCCGAUGAGUAUGGAGUGGUGGGUGACUUCCUGAAUGAGUUCCAGCACCUGCUGUGCAGGUUGCUGUUGAAUGUGGAAGUCGCGCUGCCGCCGUUGAUGGAGGUACAAGGGGGCUUGAAGAUAGGCAGGGACACGCCAGACAGGGCGAAACUCACGAGGACCAUCGCCGAGCUGGACUCGCCGCUGCAAGUCCUCUCGAUAUUGGCAUGGGAAUCGAAGAUCUUCCGGUGGCAUAUCGGCACGUUUCUGGGCAGAUACUUCCAGACAUUGGCCCCGGAAGUGGUCGAGAACCUGGACCCGCAAGAUCAUCACGACGACACCAAAGACCUAAGGCCAUCUGCGUACGCCGACGUUUGCGACUUCUACCAUUUUGAGCCAGUAGAAGUAAAGGCCUCGCCCUCGAUAGAAUGGCUAUACUGGUUCAGGUUGAUAACCAGCCCGGUCUAUUUGCCAACCCUCUUUUUCGACACUGAUCUGCCCCCGGUGCGCGUACGCAUGUUGGAGUACUCCCCCCCUUCUAGAGAGAUGCUGCCGUGGCGCGAUUGCAUCAAGUGGAUCUAUCGUUAUCACCACCUGGAGACCGAGAAUGACGCCAUCUCGGUGCUGGAAGCCCAGUUCGCCAACGGGUCCGAGAAGAACUUCAUCGCGAACCCGUCCUUCAUACCCGAGUUCACUACACACCCGGAAGCCGUCCUCGCGACCGUCCGCCAUCUCGCCAAGGAAGAUCGCCAUGACUCUUUCCUGAAACUCUUUCACAACACGCCGUCGCUCAUCAGUACCUCUGCCCCGUGCUGUGGCGUCUGCAUGACCAUCAUGGAGGUUCUCGUACCGCACUCCACCAAGGUCAGGUGGCUCCCCACGAAUGGCGACAUCAUCCCAAGCGCCUUGCCAAUGCAUUUGCCACAGCAGGUGAGUACUAAGGUCAUCGGCCACAUGGCGAACAUCCUAAAACGCGAGAUUGAGAAGUUGUCGUGCCACCAGAAGACCCAAGAAAAGUUGUCUCACGAAUAA